AUGAAUCGUUCGAAUUUCGAAGAAUUAUUCGAUGAGGACACAAGCAAUAUCGAUCGCAUUCACUAUUGGUAUGAACGCCUUGUUGAGUAUGAACUGGAUGAAAAUGAAUCACGAGAUGCACUUGAAGUGGUGAUUCGUGCUCUGAAAUGGGUCAUGCAAUUUGAACAUACUCGUGCCGAACAACUGAAAGAGCUGGCCGAAAAGGAUGCAUCUGAUCUAGCCGAAAAAGAGGAAAAUUGGGAACAGGAACGUGAGAAUUUGAAGAAAGAACUGGAAGAUGUUCGGGGAAAGUUACUGUCAACAAUCGGAAAUGAUCAGCUGAGUGAAACAUUCCGUGCACAGAUCGAUAGCCUUCGCGAAGAGAACGCUUAUUUAAAGGUACAAAAUAGAGAACGUGAUCGCGAGUUGGCUGAUCAGCGUGAUAAAGAAGAAGAAUUUUCAUCAAAAAUUGAGCAACUUGAAAAAGAACGUAAUGCACUGACAUCUCAGCAAAAUCAUUUGGAUGAUACGAUUCGAGAACUGAAUCGACGUUUAAGUAGUAAAACCGAACAGAGUGCAAAAAAUGAAUCCGAUGCACGUAAAUUGCGACAACGCAGUGAACAAGCAGCCAAACUUUCUUCUCAACUUCAAGAAGUGAUCCAUCAAAAUGAUCAACUAACUGCCGAAGUGGAACGUCUUUCAGAAGCACUUUCUUCAGCAAGCACGUACAUCGAAGAUACAACCAAUAAGUACUCAUUAAUGCAUGAACAACUGCUGAACAGUGAAGCAAUUAUUGAGCGUUUAUCGAAUGAAAACAAUCGUCUCGUGAAACAGAUGGAGGAAGGGAAAGAGACAUUGGAAAAACUGGAAAGUAACGAAUUGGAGUCUGAGAGACGUUUUGAAACAAUCAUGAAAAAGAAAGAUUCACAGCUUGAGAAAUUUCGUGAGAGUAUUCAACUGCUCCAGCUAGAUCUAGAAGAAGCAUAUGCUAGAAGUCGACUCGAUCGAACUGAAGAACGUGAACAUGAAUUAGAACGUUUACGCAAUGAGUUGGUGAGUGCAACCAAUUUGGUGCGUGAACUAUUCGGUAAAAGUGACAGCUCAGAAGAUCAUCAUCAAAACGCACAACUAAGACUCAAGGAAGUGGAAAGUUUAAAUGAACGAUUGCGAGAAGAGUCAAAACAACGCGAAGAAUUAGUGAAGAAUAUUGAAGUAAAAGAUACUGAAAAUAUGAAAAUCAAUGCAGAAAUGAAGCAUAUACGGGAGGCAAGAUUUGGAAGUGCUGAAUCCGAAAUCACUCGUCUCGAGGUUCAGUUGAAAUUUCGAGAUGAACAAAUUCAAAAAAUGUCCGCCAAAUGUUCGUUAUUACAAGCCGAACUUGCGUCACUUACUGAAAUGGAUCCGCAGAACAAAUGCACUGCUUUCAAAUAUGACAGUGUGAUCGAUGCUUCAGUGAAACCGCACGAAAAUGAACUGCAGAAUUGUGGAGAGCACUCAGAUGAUAGAAAAAUUUAUAAAGAAACAACCGAAAAAGGGAUUGAAACUGAAGCUGUUUCGUGGUUGAAUCCAAAUGCAUCGAAUAAGCAACAGCAUGAGGUUACUGCAAACGAUCUCAGUGCUAAAGCAUUGAACAGUUGGGAAGCCAGUGCGGUACUAAUCUCUUCACUCAACUGCGAAAUAAUGCUUCUCAUGCAGGAAGUUGAUGAACGAGUGAAACAACAUGAGCAAAUAUCAAAACUGCUGUUGGAUGGAGUUCCGGAAGUUAACAAAAUAAAAGCAAAUUAUAUAAUCUUGCAAAAAGAAGCAGCUGCUUUAACUGAUAAACGAAACAAUAAGGAUCACAUUCAAGAAAACGUGAUGAUUGAGGAGUAUGAAAUUCAGUUAAAAGAGUACAAGCGUAUAUGUGAAUCGGUACGAUUGAACGGUGAUGAGCUUCAACGACGUUUAGAAGAGACAAGUCGACGUUUAAUCGUCGAACGAAUCCAAAGCGCUCGAAGUUUUAGAAAAAUACAAGUAUUGGAGAGAUCCCGAAACGAAGCUCGUGAACAGUGUGCGAAAUUACGACGCAGACUCAACGAAAAUAUUUCCUUACAUAGUCGUCAGAUGAAACUGGCUAAUUAUGAAGCGGAUCUGAUGGCUAUUGAAAUGGCUCGACUUCAGGACAUUUUAUUGCAUUCAGUACCUGAAGUUGAAUAUCAGAAGUUAACCAAAAAAUAUAAAAUGGCGCUCCACCAAGAAUUUUUCUUCACAAGUAAUGCUGACGAGACAGAACAAAACGAACAUUUUGGUAUUCAGUUAUUGCGAAAAUGUGACAAUCAUAGUAUCGAUGCAGAGGUGGCUGCCAGGAAUGAGUAUUUCAAGAAUAUGAUCGCUGCUUUAUCGCAUCAAAUAGAUUACUGGCAAAUGGAAAAUGAGAAAGUCCGAUCUGAAAACGAUGAACUGAAAGCGUUUCUUGAAGAUAUUGAAUCUGAAUCGAACGUGAAAGCGAUGAUCGUCGCCAUUGAACGACGUUUUGUCAGUUUCAUUGCCGAGAGAUCGGAACGUGAACCAGAAGAGCUGUUGGCAUCCAGUCAAGCUCGCCAGUUUCAAAACGAACUCGCUAAAAAACGGCGUGAAUGGGCUGCUGAACGCAAGAAAUUAAUCGAAAUAAUUCAAUUUAUGCAGAGUAAUGUGCAGAAGAUUCGAAGAAAUGCAAUGGAGAUGAUGACAGUGGAGCAAGUGAUGGAGCUUAAGGACCGAAUCAAAACUGUUCAUGAGAAUCAGCUCAAGAGCGAACAAGAACUGGAAGAGGCAUCCAAGCGCAAACAAGAGGCCUCUUUGCAGUUGAUGAAGGCAGAAGCACUGCAACGAAGCUUCGACGCAUUAAAAGAGGAUAACUAUGACUUAAUUAAACUUCAAAAGACCAUCCAAGUCACUCAUUUGAAUUUACUCAAUGUUACCAGCCAAAUGGACAUGUUGAAGUCACAGGUUGAGAAAAAAGACACUCAAAUUGCUUCGCAAAAAGAAGAAAUCAGCGAGUUGAAGAAGCAAAUCUGUGAUUGGAUGAGUGAAAAUUUGCGUAUGGAAAAUUUGCUAACCGAAGAAUUAGAUGAUAAGCGAAGUGGAAUGAUGACGAUCGAAAUGGAAGAACAUGGUACAGGCGGACGUUGGUUGGAUAGUAGAUAUGUGUCAGAGGAUUCAGAGGAAAGUGUGGUAUUAGGUGCAGAUUCGCUUGCGAGCUUCACGAACAACGACAUACGAACCAAGACGAUCGUUUUCGAUAACUCGAAUGAAUACGAGAAAAAAAUUCGAUAUAUUCGAGAAACCGCUGAAGUUUGCAUUCAGAAUUAUAAGGAUCAGUUGGAUUACAAAGAGGAGGCGAUUAAAAAAUACAAGGCGUUAUUAGAAAAUUUGCAAAAUGACCGUGAUGCUACCGAGAGACACACAGAAAAUCGUACAGAUGAAUUGGUGAAACAAAGAAGAUGGAAAAAAUCAGAGGAACUGCUAAAUGGCAAAGAAUUAGAAGAGAAGAAGCGUGAAAUUGUGAAACUAAAAACUGAAAUAAAAGACUUGGAAGAUGCAAAUUAUCGUCUUGGUGAGCAAGUUCAGGAGCAACAAAAAAUAGGUGGAUGCAAACGAGUGGAACGUCAUGAAGCGUUUGUGCAAACGAGUUUCGACGAGCGUUUGAAUAAUGAAAACAGUAUGCAAAAUGAGGAUCAUCUUUUUGGCAUUAGUCAGGUAGACGGAAGAGAUAAAGAAGCAUGUGCAGAACUUCACGAUUCGAGUUCUUUACCAAAAGACAUUUUGCAAUCAAACGAUGAAUACGAUAGGGAAACAAGGAAUGAACGGUGCAUAAUGAUAAGUCCAAGCAAUCCCGAAAAAGUUGACUCUGAAGAUCGAAUCAGAAUGGUCCAACAAUUCAACGAAUCAAUCAGACAAGAGCAAUCCAAAUGCGUUAGUCUCAGCAAUGAAAUUCGACGACUCAAACAGAGACUGAACGUGGCAAAUGCCGAAAAUCAAGAACUGCAGAAGGCGUGUGAAAAUAUUCGUUUGGAGGCAUUAACACAAAUUGGCCAAAAAUAUACGAAAAUCGACCAAGAAAGUGUUGAUUUAGAAUCCACACAUUUGAGAAAAGAAAUUCAGAAGCUUAAAUCUGAAAUCAAUCUUCAACGUAGAACAAUCAAAUCACAGAAGGAGACUAUUGAAAUGUUUCAAAGUGAGCAGAAGAAAGGUGAAUUGAAAACAACUAAGGAUGAAUUGACACGAUGGCGUGAAAGGAAACUACGCGAAAAUAAUGCAAACGUGCUUCGAAGAAGGUUGAUUGAAACUGAAGAACGUUUGAAUGAAUUAGAAGUGAAAUUGUUGAGACGUGAAAAACGUAUUACUCAAAUGGAACGUGACGAGAAAAUUCGAAUGGCUGAUCAAGAACGUAUUUGUCUAAUGAAUGAAGAACUGAAACGACAACAUGAGUCGAUAUCAGGUGAACGUGAUCAACUCAAUAUCAAGCUGAUCACUACUCAACAGACUCUUGAAGCUCUUCAUCGACAAAUCGAUAUAUUCAAAAAGGAAAAUUUGAGUUUAAAUGAAAAACUCGAGAAGAUGGAAAAGUUAUCGUUUAAACAACAAAACGCAGAAAUACUUGUGAAUGAUGAAAAAGUAAAAUAUGAAGAAAACAUAGCAGCAGCCAUUCUAGCAGAAACGAACAAUCGUAACGAUGAAAGGCGUUCUCUACAGAAAAAGCUUAGACUAACUGAACUUCGUUACGAAGAAGCGAUGGAACGUUUGAAUUCAUUAGAAAAAGAAUACCAAAAUCUUCGCAUUGAUUACGAAAGUUUAGUGGAAAGAGAAAAGAGUCAUAGAAAGGAAAAGCAUGAAGGUGCUGCGGUAGCUGUUCUCAGAGAUAAGUUAAUGGCCAAAGAGAAACUUAUCAAUGAACUGGUUGGUUCGAUCUUAACUUGA